CGCGGCCGUAAGGCAGCGCCGCGAGACCACGUGGGCUGUGAGGCCACCCCGGGCGUCCUUGGAGGGUCUUGGCUCUGCGGGCAAUGACCGGUCCCGUGCAGGGCGGUGGGGCAAGGGCCCUGGACCUGCUCCGGGCCCUGCCGCGUGUGAGCUUGGCCAACCUAAAGCCGAAUCCAGGCUCCAGGAAACCGGAAAGACGACGAAGAGGUCGGAGAAGAGGUAGAAAAUGUGGCCGAGGCCAUAAAGGAGAGCGUCAGAGAGGAACUCGGCCCAGACUGGGCUUUGAGGGAGGCCAGACUCCAUUUUACAUUCGAAUCCCAAAAUACGGGUUUAAUGAAGGUCAUAGCUUCAGACGCCAGUAUCAGCCUUUGAGUCUCAAUAGAUUGCAGUAUCUUAUUGAUUUGGGUCGAGUGGAUCCUACUCAACCUAUUGACUUAACUCAGCUGGUCAAUGGAAGAGGUGUGACCAUCCAGCCACUUAAAAGGGAUUAUGGUGUCCAGCUGGUAGAGGAGGGUGCUGACACCUUUAAGGCAAAAGUUAAUAUUGAAGUACAGUUGGCUUCAGAACUAGCCAUUGCUGCAAUUGAAAAAAAUGGUGGUGUUGUUACUACGGCCUUCUAUGACCCAAGAAGUCUAGAAAUUCUAUGUAAACCCGUUCCAUUCUUUCUGCGCGGACAACCCAUUCCAAAACGAAUGCUUCCGCCUGAAGCACUGGUACCGUAUUAUACUGAUGCAAAGAAUCGUGGUUACCUGGCCGAUCCUGCCAAAUUUCCUGAAGCAAGACUUGAGCUUGCCAAGAAGUAUGGCUAUAUUUUACCUGAUAUCACUAAAGAUGAACUCUUCAAAAUGCUUAGUACUCGUAAGGAUCCAAGGCAGAUUUUCUUUGGUCUUGCCCCUGGAUGGGUGGUGAAUAUGGCAGAUAAGAAAAUCCUCAAACCUACCGAUGAAAAUCUCCUCAAGUAUUACAGCUCAUGAAUUCCCUUCCAGGAAAGCAGAGUUGUAAAAGAGUUCUGGAAGAAAACAGACUGAAACAUGCUUAUUUCUCAUCAUCUUUUCUUGAUUUAUAAUUCUCUAGAUGUUGAUGUUAAUUUUCCAUGUAGCCCUAUAUCCAUUUUUAUCUAAAAUUGAAAUAAAAAAUGGAAUAAGCAAGGGCUGCAUAGGGGAACUGAAUCUGUGCAGGUUUUUUCUCAAAGAAACAGACUCCCUGGUUUUCUGCCAGAGGAAGAUGGUAACUUUUAGGGUAUUUCUUGUUCGUUUUCUCAUGAUCUUCUCGUCCAGGUCUUGUGUUAUUGUUGCAAAUCAGAAUGGAUGUGCAGGUGGAAUGGAACUGACUUUUUUAAAAAGAUAUUUAUUUAUUAGAAUGAGAGCAGAAGAGAUCACAGAGGGAGAGGGAGAAGCAGACUGGCCGCUGAGCAGGGACCCCGAUGUGGGGCUCGAUCCCAGGACCCUGAGAUCAUGACUUGAGCUGAAGGCAGAUGCUUAACCGACUGCUCAGUCAAGGUUAAAGCAGUUACUAAUGGUGGCCCAUCUUAAUAGCCUCAAGGAAGCUCUGCUAUCCAGUGUCAAGGUGAAAAGCCUUCAGCUCUGGAUUAUUAAGAUGUGGGGUUUGAGCUUAAGGUUUAAAUACAGUAAAUAAGUAGUACAGUAUUUACUAGAAAAAUUGAAGCAAGAAUUCCAAAUGAAUUCAUUUUCUCAACUCAUCUGAUAAGAGUAGACAAUGAUAAUUAAGCCAUUAACCAUCUUCUUGAAGAAGUGUUCUAACUGAUAUUUUACUUAUUUCAUAGGUAUUGGAGACCUUUGUUUUUCAGUCAUUUUAAAUGAUUUUUGAAGAAUUGUUCAGUGAUUAUAUAAGCCAUAAAAACAACUGGUAAUGUGAAACUUUAACUCAGUUAAUGUAAAAGAUUCAGCAGUCAGCUUCUUUAGCUUUGCAAAGGUGUGUUGUACCUGAACCAUACAAAAAAGCUCACUUUAUCCUGCUGCAAUUAAAUCUUGAAUAAUUCAUGAUAAUUUUUCCACAGGAAAAAUAAAGUAUUCCUGGCUGUUUAUUUUCUUAAAAUAAAAAAUUUAAAAGCCUAAA